AUGAGUAACAUAGCAACGAAAUGGCGGGCUCUCAGCGGCGAGGAAGACUGGGAAGGUUUGCUAGAUCCUCUCGACAUUGAUCUCCGCCGGUUGAUCAUUCACUACGGCGAAAGGGUUCAAGCUGUUUAUGACGCCUUCAUUGGUGAAGAGAAGUCUAAGAACUGUGGACUCUCCCGCUAUACGAAGAGGCACUUGUUCGGGAAGGUGGGCUUAGCAAAGGGCAAUCAAUAUAACUAUGAUGUGACAAAAUAUUUCUAUGCAACAACUGAUGUCUCAAGCAACCGUGGCAACAUGAAGAAAUCCAAAUCUGUUGAGGCAUCGGCUGGGGAUUCAAAUUGGAUUGGGUACGUUGCGGUGAGCACAAAUAUAGAAAGUGGCUUGUUAGGGAGGAGGGACAUCUUGAUUUGUUGGAGGGGAACUCAAGGGUUGGCCGAGUGGGUGAUGAAUAUGGAGUUUGAUUUGGUCUCAGCUUCUCCAAUACUUGGGAAGAAGCAUGAUCCAAAGGUGCACUCUGGUUGGUACUCCAUGUACACCACGGCUCGCGCGGGUUCCACGUACAAUUGCACUAGUUGUAGAGAGCAGGUUCUAAAUGAGGUAAGGAGACAAGUAGACUCUUACAAGGACGAGGAAGUGAGCAUUACUGUGACCGGCCACAGCUUGGGUGCUGCAAUGGCAACUAUGAAUGCUGUCGACAUUGUUUACAAUGGAUAUAAUAUGCCUUCAGGGCCACGCACAAAUGAGCCAAUCAAGGCAUGCCUCGUCACAGUCUUUGUGUUUGGUGUGCCCCGCAUCGGAGACGAAGGAUUUCUCAAAGUAUUCUCUGAUCUCAAAAAUCUUCAUGUCUUACGCAUCAAUAAUUUGCCAGGCGAUGUUGUCCCUUCCCUGCCACCUACCGUGCCGCUGUUGUUCCCAUACGCAGAUGUCGGAGAGGAGUUGAUAAUUGAUACUCGCAAAUCGCCAUACUUGAAAAAUCUUGUUAUUGAUUCCAACGCGCAUAAUUUGGAAGUUUAUUUGCAUGGAGUUGCAGGAACACAUGGGGAAGAUGGAGAAUUUAAACUGGAAGUGAAUCGUGAAGUUGCACUUGUGAACAAGACGUCGGAUGCUCUAAAAAAUGAGCUCCUUGUACUUGAUCAUUGGUGGACUACGAAGAACAAGUCUAUGACCCAAAACGACGACGGUUCUUGGGUGUUGAUGGAUCAUGAGAGUGAUGAUAUCAUAAUCUUAUAAUCAUGCCUAGCUGGAAAAUUGUGUGAGGUAGCCUUUGCAUGUACUCGUACGUACUAAAUAAAGCCACCGGUUUAGCUGGCCAUGGCAUUGCAUCUCUCCACACUUUUGCAAUGCAACAAAUAAAGGUGUGAGCUAGCUUUGGGUUUGUUAGCUCUAUAGAUUAUUGUAAGUUCCUCUAUAUAUACUGCUUUCCCCUCUUCAACUCA